AUGAAGCAUUCAUCCAUUCAGGCUAUUUCUAUAGCCCUUGCAGCCGCAUCAACCGGUUCAGCAGAGAGCAUAGCUAGAAGAAGUAUCUCCGGAACAUCGACUGUCAAUUUGGCCGAUAAGAUAGGCCCAGCUGAGUUUCUUGGCUCUGGCUUCCUCUAUGGUAUCCCCGACAAUGGCGUAAGUGCCGACUCCAGCGUUCCCGACGAGUUCUUCACCGGAAUCAAUUUCAAGACAUGUCGUGGUGGAGGUGGCCAAGUCGACGCCGUUGGCUGGGCUACUGGAGGCUACAAUGGCUACAUUGGGCGCUUUCAGUCUGCACUCUCCAACUAUCGAACAACCCGCAACCACGGCGGAGACUUCAUUCUGAUGGCCUCCGACAUGUGGGGUGCUCAAGGCGGAGCAACUGCAGAGUACCCCUUCCCUGGUGAUAACGGCAACUGGACAGAAAUGGAAAUAUUUCUUGGUCAGGUUAUCAGUGACAUCAAAGCCAACGAUAUGCUCGAUGGUCUCAUUCUUGAUCUUUGGAAUGAACCUGAUCUCGAGACCUUCUGGUACCCUGCAUGGUCCCAAUACGUGGAAUACAUUGUUCGGGCUACUAAAUAUGUGAGGUCGAACUAUCCUGGUUUACCGGUAGAGUUCCCUUCAGCCGCAAACUCGCCCUCUGAAGACAGUGACAACUGGAACCAAUUAUUUGCAGCCGUUGCAGCCAAUGAUGUGGUGCCGGAUCGAUAUUCGUGGCAUCAGAUUGGGGAUUGGCAGCGCGAACCCGACGUCACGGUGCCUAGCCUUACUGCCUUGAGAGCGGUCCAUUUCCUUCCCGAGAGGCCAAUCGACGUGAAUGAAUAUGCAUGGCCAUCUGAGCAGAAUCCAGCCAACUCUGUCUACUAUAUCUCUCAAUUCGAGCGAUGGGGUAUCCGAGCCCUAAGAGCCAACUGGGGAGGUGGCUCAGAUCUGCAUAACUACAUGGCAAAUUUGAUCUGGACAACUUCUGAGGGGGUGUACUAUCCCAAUGGCGAUUGGCAAGCUUACAAGUACUAUGGAAGCAUGGUUGGGGAGCGCAUUGCCACGAAGGCAUCCGAUGAUCUCAAAUUUGAUUCCUUUGCUGUCGUGUCAGGUGAUGGUCUUCUCCAGAUUCUUGCCGGUACAAGGACCGUUCAACAGGCCUACCAGAUUACUAUUACAGGGCUCAGUGAAUAUGGACUUGCCACGGAAGGAUCGCUCAAUAUACGCACGUUGCGGUUUGAUUGGUCUGGCUCUGAGGUGGAAGUUGGCGAUCCGGUCGACUUGGGUUCUGCUACUUACACGUAUUCUUCCAACGAACUCACCAUCACGUUUGAUCCUCCCUCCAACUCGACGGCUUUCGCUUUUGAAAUUCAACUCUCUUGA